AUGUCAACAGCAGCAUUACCACCAUUAGAUCCCGUAUUUCGACGAGCUGCGAAGAGAACGAGGGAUAUAUUUGCGUCUUGUCCGGAUGAGGGCUUGGGAGACGAAGAGAAGAGCGCGCGAAUGCGACUCGCAGUGAAAAUCAACGAUGAAUACAGGGACUACAAACAGCUACCAGGACCUUUGCUUGCGAAGCAGGGUCUGGUUGGACCCUCUGCACCAAAACAGCCUUCGCAGAAAAUGAUUACUGCCGGACCCGGAGCUACAGACACAUCACGCCUUAUUGCGCAAAUCGACAACACGCCGACACCACAGCCAUCCACUUUCACCUCUUCAUCCCAACUUUCGCAAGCCCUGACAUUGCACAAGACGACACGUACCAUAAAACCAACAUAUCAUCCGCCGUGGAAGCUCACACGUGUGAUUUCUGGGCAUCUGGGAUGGGUGCGGAGUGUUGCUGUGGAGCCAGGCAAUCAGUGGUUUGCUACUGGGGCAGGGGACCGAGUGAUCAAAGUGUGGGACUUGGCCUCGGGAGAGUUGAAGCUUUCUUUGACGGGUCACAUUUCUACCGUAAGGGGACUUGCGGUAUCAUCGCGUCACCCCUAUCUGUUCAGCUGCGGAGAGGACAAGAUGGUCAAAUGCUGGGAUUUGGAAGCUAACAAAGUCAUACGACACUAUCACGGUCAUCUAUCUGGCGUUUAUUCCCUGUCACUUCACCCUACCCUGGAUGUGUUGGUUACUGCUGGUAGAGAUGCCUCUGCGCGUGUAUGGGACAUGCGGACAAAGGCACAAAUACACGUUCUUGCUGGUCACACCGCGACAGUCGCCGACGUCAAAUGCCAAGAAUCCGACCCUCAGGUGAUCACUGGGAGUAUGGACUCGACAAUACGGUUGUGGGAUCUUGCAGCAGGAAAGACAAUGGUGACCCUCACACAUCACAAGAAAUCUCUUCGUGCCCUUGCGAUCCAUCCAACGGAAUAUUCGUUCGCCUCUGGCUCCGCCGGUGGAAACAAUAUAAAGAAGUGGAAGUGUCCGGAGGGCACCUUCGUCUUCAAUUUCGGUGGACAUAAUGCGAUUAUCAACACGCUUUCGGUCAACGCCGAAGGUGUCUUCUUUUCUGGAGGGGAUAACGGGACCCUUUCUCUGUGGGACUACGAUACAGGGAUUGCUUUCCAAAAUAUGGAAGAUGUUCCCCAACCUGGCUCUCUCGAAGCUGAAGCCGGCGUAUUUUGCUCGACGUUUGAUGUGACUGGUACCCGUUUAAUCACAGGAGGCGCCGAUAAGACGAUUAAGGUUUACUCGGAGCAAUCUUAG